AUGGCGGCCAGCUCGGUCGCCGUCCUUCCUUUGUUUGGUCACAGUUCCACGACGGACAAAUCUUCUUCGAGACUCCUCCGCUUCUGUAACCUCCCCAUUUCAAAACGUCGGUCUACGAAACACUCAAAUCCCAGAUUCCGGGAGGUGCUUGCGUCGUUCUCGCUGAAUCAACCGGCCGAUGAUGAUACCUCCGACGCCGACCUUUUUCUCCGAUCCAAUUCAAUCGCUGAUUUCAUGCGGUUCAAACGCCAACCCGCCGGUAACAAUGGCACUAGCGAGUUGCAGACGGCAAUCGUCAGUUAUAAGAAACGUUUCCCUUGGAUUCUUCUCAACCCUUUUCUUCAGGUUGAUUUGGUCUCAACGAUUCAUAUUGCAGAUAAAGAGUACUUUGACACUCUGCAAAAGGAGCUUGAACCAUAUGAUUCUAUCUUGUAUGAGAUGGUGGCUAGUAAGGAGGUCUUGGAGAACAGAAGAAACCCAAUUGCAGCUAAGAGGCUCAAGAGUUCACGUCCAAGAGGCUUUAGUAUUCUGGGGUUCAUUCAGCGGCAAAUGGCGAGGACGCUAACACUUGAUUUUCAGCUAGACUGUCUAGAUUACGAAGCAGAGAAUUGGUACCAUGCUGAUCUCGAUUACGAUACAUUCAGGUUGCUUCAGAAAGAGAAAGGUGAAAGCUUCUUCUCAUUUGCAAGGGACAUGACUAUUAAAUCAACGAAAGCAAUAAUGCAGCCAGCUUCGACAACUGAAAGUCUUGAUCCUUGGAGGUCAAAGCUUCUAUGGGUUUCACGGGUUUUGCCUAUGCCUCUUGUGGGUCUUUUCCUUAUCGGAGCUUUUUGUGUAGACUUUGAAAACCAGACGUCAGACUAUCCAGAAUUGGAAGCACUUUCACGGCUUGACUUUGGAGCUGCUAUGAAGGUUUUCCUUGCUAAGAGAUUGACAUCCGAGUUAACGCAAGUGACGUCAGACGUAGAGGAGAAAUCUGUCAUCAUUGGUGAGAGAAACCGAGCAGCUACAGAAGCUUUAAGAAAAGCGAUGGAGCAAGGGCACAACAGGAUUGCAAUUCUUUAUGGUGGUGGCCACAUGCCUGACUUGGGAAGACGACUUCGAGAAGAGUUUGAUCUUGUUCCUUCUGAAGUAAGAUGGGUAACAGCUUGGUCUAUCAGAAAUCCUCUAGACUUGGAAACUACUUCAUUUCCGAUCCUCAGGAGAAUGGCGGAGGUUUUGCGUUGGCCACUAAACCGGUACCAAACCUUGGCAUUGCUAAUUUUUUCAUCUGUACUUGCACUUGAUCUCUGCUUUUGGGAGCUCUUCUUUGAUUCCACCAUUGACUGGGUUUCUCAGAUAGGACGUAAACUAAGCUGGCCAAGAUCUUUCAGUUUUAGAAAGAUGUUCGAUGGUCGCAACUCUGGAAAUUCUUCUUUCUCUUCUCGUGGGGACGGUAGGCAUACCCCGGAGCUCGAACUAGCCAUACAUGCACCAUCGGACAACAAUGGGGCUCGUAGGACCAAGCAAAACAGGAUAUCAGACAUAGAAGCGAUGAAGAAAAGAUUCGCAAAACUGUUGCUUGGAGAGGACAUGUCAGGUGGUGGGGAAGGCGUGACCUCUGCGUUAGCUUUGUCAAAUGCCAUCACCAACCUCGCUGCUUCGAUGUUCGGGGAGCAGAUGAAAUUGCAGCCUAUGUAUCCAGAGACGAAGGAGAGUUGGAGAAAAGAAAUGGAUUGGCUAUUAUCUGUGGUUGAUCACAUUGUCCAGUUUGUUCCUUCUAAACAAGUGUCCAAAAAUGGUGGAUUCACUGAGAUCAUGGUGACCAAACAAAGAGAUGAUUUGCUGGUGAACAUUCCAGCAUUACGCAAGCUCGACUCGGUUCUUCUCUUGCAUCGUACUAAUGCAAUUACUCAUUUUGGCAGGAGACUUUGGACAACUUCAAGGAUCAGAAAGACUUUUGGUAUGUCCCAAGAGAUGUUGAAGAUACAGAGAACAAUGGAGUGGAAAAGAGAUGAGAACUGGUGGUUACCAACUGUUAAAGUUCCAGCAGAUGGUCUGUCUGAAGAAUCACGUAGAUUGUUGCAUUGUCAGAAAGAUUCUGUUGCACAAGUCSUUAAAGCCGCAAUGGCUAUCAAUGCUCAAGUAUUAUCUGAAAUGCAUAUUCCUGAAAACUACAUUGACUCUCUUCCAAAGAAUGGGAAGACAAGCCUUGGAGAUUUCCUUUACAAGAGCAUAACAGAGGAAUGCUUUGAUCCUGACUACUUCAUUUCUUUCUUGGAUUUGUCUACGGAAUACAAAGUUCUUGAUCUAAAGAACAGGAUUGAAGCUUCUAUGGUUAUCUGGAAAAGGAAGAUGAACCAAAAAGAGAAAGACGGGAAAUCGCAGUGGGGAUCCUCUAUUAGCUUAGAGAAAAGGGAGCUUUUCGAGGUCCGAGCUGAGACUAUUUUGGUUAUGAUCAAACAACAAUUUCCUGGACUCCCACAAUCCUCACUCGAAAUCUCCAAGAUUCACAACAACAAGGACGUGGGACAGGCAAUCUUGGAGAGCUAUUCAAGGGUAUUAGAAAGUCUUGCUUCGAAGAUAAUGUCAAGAAUAGAGGAUGUUCUUGAAGCUGAUCAACUAGCUCAAAGACAAUCAAUGGCAGAGGCAGGAGGACGAUCGGAAAGCGAGGAAGAAUCAGCAUUUUCCUCGGAAUAUGAAGAAACCGAAAAGGUGGUUUCAGCGGAAACACCAAACUCGAGGAAACUAUCAGAUUUCAUAGGUUGGCGAUUGUCAUCGGAUACAAAGAAGCAUAGUUCAAUGAGUGAUCUAGAAUUCUUCCACAAAGCUGAGCAAGAGAAGCCAAUGAUGAAGUCUCCAAUGAAGUCUCCGAGAGCUCUACCGAAGAAAUUCUCAUAUCUAGCAAAGUUAGAGAACAUGAGAAGUCCGAGUGACAGACACUGA